CCUUCUCUUGUACAUCUGCACCAGUGAUGUGGAUCAAGACUACUGCUUUCAUGCCCUAGAAAUCCUUUCUCUCAUGCUCCGUGAACAGUCACCUCAAGUGCUAGCUAGUGCAGGACAAGGUCGAAGCAACACGGAGAAAAUGGAGGACGAGCUUGAGCUCCUGAAGAUGAGGGAAAUGGAGUUGAGCCAGAAAAAGAAGCAAAUGCAAGCACGUAUGGGCAGGCAUCCUCGGUUUGGUGGAACUUUUACUGUGCAAAAUAUGCAGGCCAUUGGAGACAACAAGCUGAUUGCUCACAGUCCUCUGAACAAGCUCUGUGAAAUUGACUUUGAUCAAACCAAGUCUUUCCAUGCUAAACCAAAGAAUAAGCGACCUACAGAAGAUGGAAAAAUAAUGCGAAGGUCGACACUAAACAUCCGGCUUUUCUUGAAGAGCCUUUGUGAGGACUUCCUAAAGCUUGCUUAUAAUCCAAUGAUGAAGACAGUAAAGAGGCACUUGCAGCAUAACAAAGCACAGUCCAACGAUGAAAGCUACUAUUUCUGGUCAGUACAGUUUUUUAUGGAGUUCUGCCGGCAAAGCCAUUCGGAUAUUUCUCUUGUGAGUGAGACACUCUCCAAAGAGACUUUCCAUUACAUUCAAACACAAAUGGAGCAGUACUAUGAAAUGAUGGUCACAGAGAAGCGAAAGAUUAGGCUCUGGGCCAAACGGCUUCACGUAGCACUGAAAGCCUACAGGGAGCUUGUAAAGAGCCUUGCAGCUAUGGACAGCAGCCAAGACGAACGAGUUAAGGAAGCUUCAAGAGUUUUGAAAGGUACCAUUUUUUAUAUGCCUGAGUACAGGGAAGUUGUGCUCUACCUGCUGCUGAACUUCAAUGACUGUGUCCAGCCUAUAUCGUAUUUGCGAGACCUUGCUGAAACGGUUCAUGUCUACCUGAAAAUGCUGGAGCAGUUUGCGAAGCAGACCCGUCACGUAAUUGUGCAAGAAAAAAAGAAAUCGAAAAAGAAGGCAAAGCCAAAAAAAUCUCAACGUCCUGCCAUCCAAAGAGAGGAAGACGAGCAACUGCUCUGGCUUGAGGUUGCCCCUGACCUUUCAAAGACCAUACAAAGAAAAGAAGAGCUUCCUAAUGAUAUUGUUGUCUUUGACCCCACACUGGGCACCUCCGAGGAGGAACACAUGCUCGAUGCAACUCGGCGAAUUGAAAGAGCUUUAAAGUCCAAGAAACCAGCAGAAGCCCUCGCUAUACUAAGGAGUGCAAGACAACUGUGGCCUGAGAAGCAAGCAUUUGGCUCUGAUGAUAUAUCACCCGAUGAUGAAUUCAUGAUGCUACGAGAGAUGUUCUUCGCAAAAUUGGAUACCAUUGAAAAGCCACGCUGCAAGCUUUCUUGAUUUGUGCAUCAUCUUCCUUCCGCUGUAGGGGAAUAACUGGUGCGAAAAGAAGCAGAGAAAGAAUAAAAUGUUGAUGGUGGUUUUUGA